CUGCGCCAGAGCAACAAAACAACCCCCCCCAAAACACCGAUCAGACCUGAUCCGGGAUCAACAACCGGUACCGGUCCGUGAGUUCUGUCUGAAAGAAGAAAUGGACUCGGCCCUGACGGUCCCGCAGAGUUUCUAACCGCCGGACCGGAUCACCGAGUUCACCGGGAGAGUCCGCCACAGAGAUCCCGGCUGCGCUGACCUCAGACCUCCACCAUGAGCUCCAGGGUGUGCAGGACCUGCGGGGGGUCCGAUAUAGACGUGGAUCAGGCCCGGGGCAGCGCUGUAUGUACCAGCUGCGGUUCUGUUCUGGAGGACAACAUCAUCGUCUCCGAGGUCCAGUUUGUGGAGGGGAGCGGGGGAGUUUCCUCUGCGGUGGGACAGUUCGUCUCUGCUGACGGUCCAGUUAAAGCUCCUCUUCUUGGUUCUGGGUUUCACACUAGUGUUGGGAAAGAGUCCAGAGCCCAGACCCUCCAGGGCGGUAAGCGUCAGAUCCAGCAGCUGGGCAGCCAGCUGCAGCUGAACCAGCACUGUUUGGACACGGCCUUCAACUUCUUCAAGAUGGUGGUGAGUAAACACCUGACGCGAGGACGCAAGACGGAGCACGUCAUCGCGGCGUGCCUCUACCUGGUGUGCCGCACAGAGGGGACGCCACACAUGUUGCUGGACCUGAGUGACCUGCUGCAGGUGAACGUUUACAUCCUGGGGAAAACCUUCCUGCUGCUGGCUCGUGAGCUCUGCAUCAACGCUCCCGCCAUCGACCCGUGCCUGUACAUCCCUCGGUUUGCUCACAUGUUGGAGUUUGGGAUGAAGACUCAUGAGGUUUCCAUGACGGCUCUUCGUCUCCUUCAGAGGAUGAAGAGGGACUGGAUGCACACGGGACGCCGACCUUCCGGACUCUGUGGAGCAGCGCUCCUGGUAGCAGCUCGGAUGCAUAAGUUUCGCCGUACGGUGAAGGACGUGAUCAGCGUGGUUAAAGUCUGCCAGACAACUCUGAGGAAGAGAUUAACAGAGUUUGAGGACACGCCCACCAGUCAGCUGACCAUCGACGAGUUCAUGAGAGUAGAUCUGGAGCAGGAAUGUGAUCCACCCUCCUUCAUCGCUGCACAGCACAAAGCCAAGAUGCAGCAGCUGGAACAGGAGCUGGCCAGGAAGCUGGAUGACGUCGAAGGAGAGAUCAGCAGUUACAAAGACGAGAUUGAGAUCGAGUUGGAGAAGAGCCGACCCAAGUUGAGAGGAAUCUACGCCGCCUACGCCAAAGAAAUCGAUCCCGAGGACGCCGAGGUUUUGUCCUCAACCUCUGAACCCGAGGAGCCGGAGGUCGAAGACGACGAGCUCCAAGCCGCUGCCCAACACCUGACUCAGGACUUCCUGUGUCAGGUGAUUCAGGAGGAGGGGGGCCGUGGCAAGAACACAGAUGGAGGCGAGCUGGAGGGGGGACCAGAGAAGGAGGGGGCUCAGCGUCAGGCCGCCCCUCUGGCCGCCAUCCUAGGAAAGCUGCCGAGCUCCUCCUGCCUGGGCCUCCAGCAGACCUUAGACGAGUCAGAGGCAGGUGAGAAACCGGACGACGAGCAGGCGGAGGGUGGAGAGCUGGACCUGGACGGUAUCGACGAUCAAGAGAUUGAAAAGUACAUCCUGAACGAUAAGGAGGUCCAGGUGAAGACGGAGCUGUGGAUCAAACAGAACGCAGAAUACCUGAAGGAGCAGAAAGAGAAAGAAGAGAGGAUACAGAAAGAGAAAGAACAAGGGACGUAUAAAGAGAAGCCGAAGAAGUCCAAGAAGAAGAAGGAGCAGAUCGCGGCAUCGACAGCGAGCGAGGCGAUCGAGAGGAUGUUGGAGAAGAAAAAGAUCUCCAGUAAAAUCAACUACGACGUCCUCAGAGACCUAAACAGCAGAGGGACAGGAAGUGGGGGGGGCAGCAGUCCCAGCAGAGGCUCCGACGACCCCCCCGACACCAACGCCGGCGCUAGGAAACGACUCAACCGCCGACGCCGCAGGAAGCCCAGCGAUGCUAACCGCGACCUUGCUGCUAACGCUAGCAUCAUGGGGAAGAGGGUCCGCCUCCUCAUAUCUUCCACACCAAAGAAGAAGAAAACAGCCAUCAAGUCUGCAGCUGAAGUGACUCCUGAUCCUGAACCAGACUCCACUCCUGCUGCUCCUGCUGCUGAGGAAGAGGUGGAGGAAGAGGAAGUGGAGGAAGAGGAGGUGGAGGUGGAGGAGGAGUGUGUUAGCGCUCUGCAGCUUGUAGAAGAUUACGGCUGUGAGGCGGAGGAGGAGGAAGUCUUUUAGCUCCGCCCUGCUGACCUUUGACCUCCAGUGAAGAAACUCUCCGUCCGGUCAGACUGAGGCAGCUCCACUACGACAGAUCAAUGUUACAGAAAUCAACAACCAAUAUCAGCGAUCAGUUACACCAAGUUAGAUAAUCACUGAUCAGUAAAUAUCACUGCACUCUGAUGCUUUUUAUUGGAAUUGAUCGCUGAUCGUCUGAAUUGAUUCAGAACAUCGAGCGUCUGGUGUUCAGAUUGUAAAAAGUCGCUGUUAGAUGUGUUUUUUAUAUCGAUCGAUUGUAAAUAGGAAGAUUCACAUUCCUGUAAAAUAUCAACAUGACUCAGAUGUUUUACUUUGUGUACUUUGAAAUCAAUGUGUACUUCGUGUACUUUUAAUGUGACUUUGUGUGUUUGUUGUUCCUGAUAAAAUGUAAAGAGACAAAAGAUAAUAAUGAGAAAACAACAUUCCCUGAGACAAAGAGAAAAACAGGAAGUCAGUCUUUGUCAGAAAGUUUUUCACUUUUCAUCACAAACAUCUGGAAACAAAUAUUUUAUUUAUUCCAUUUUUAUCAGCUGACCUCAAAAAUAAAGUAAUGAAACUUA